AUGUCCGCUAGUAAUCCAGCUUCCGAUCCACUGUCAUUUCUUGCAAAUGACGACACCAGCAGCUCUGAUAGUGAUGAUGAAAAUAUCAAAUCUCAGCCUGGCCAAUCGACUGUGACUACUACUACUGAGGAUAACGCAUCGAUCAAUAAAACUGCUAAAGGGAUAGUCCUACCAGAUCCAGAAGCCAUCUUAUCUAAAAAAACCAGACCAUCAUUUUAUCGCAAUGAUGAUGAUGACUAUUAUAAUAUAAUCAAUUGGGAAAUAGUUAGUGAUCAAGUAUUCAGUAGUGCCAAAGCUAUGCAUAAAAAAGUACCUACUAUUAGUGGGCCAAUGUCAAGUAAUCCUAACGUAGUCUCUGCAGCUCCCGUAAAGUAUUCCGAAACCAAUGAUCCAUCAAGCAAUGCAGAAACGACGGAAAAUGACCUUGAUAAGGAGAGCUCGAAAAUGAUGGAAAAUCAACCAACAACAUCCAAUAUCGCCCAUGAUAAAUUUCCAACCAAGAGAAAAACUUCUGAUGCAGCGAUAACUUAUCGUCAAAGAGAAAAAAGAAAAAGAGAUCUUGGACAAUCUGCUAGAGGAAAGAGCUAUGUGGAAGAAGAAAAGCGAAUUCUAAAGCAAUCAUUUAAUAAUGACCGCUUCUAA